UGUGACUGUCACAUUGUAAGCACCAGCGAGCAGCGAUUUUUCCGAAAGGCGUAUUUUAAUUUGACUUUCAUCUGAAACAAAUAUUUAUAAACGGAAUAAAAAUGUUAGCUUUGAUCAAUCGUAUCCUAGAUUGGAUCAAAAGCUUGUUCUGGAAGGAAGAAAUGGAGUUAACACUUGUUGGACUACAGUAUUCGGGGAAAACAACUUUCGUUAACGUCAUAGCUUCUGGCCAAUUUAGCGAAGAUAUGAUCCCCACAGUUGGAUUCAACAUGCGCAAAAUUACCAAAGGCAAUGUCACUAUUAAGGUUUGGGACAUUGGUGGUCAACCCAGAUUCCGUUCCAUGUGGGAAAGGUAUUGUAGAGGAGUCAAUGCUAUUGUAUACAUGGUCGACGCAGCCGACCCUGACAAGAUUGAGGCUUCGCGGAACGAGCUGCACAGUCUGCUGGACAAGCAGCAGCUCACGGGCAUCCCAGUGCUGGUGCUGGGCAACAAGCGCGACCUGCCGCACGCUCUGGACGAGCACGGCCUCAUCGAGCGCAUGAACCUAUCAGCUAUCCAAGACCGCGAGAUCUGCUGUUACUCGAUCUCGUGCAAAGAGAAGGACAACAUCGACAUAACUCUUCAGUGGCUCAUUUCGCAUAGUAAGUCCGGCAGCGCGCGUUAACUCGCACACACGCGAGUCGCUUACACGUACACACGAGUCGCUCACACACACAUACGAGGCGCGGGCUCGACAGCACACUACCAUAAACAGCUAUUUUGUUAGGGGCCAUUCAUUUGUUACGUAAAGAGGUUUGGAGAGAGAAUCUGUAGGCUUAGUACGGGUUUGUAGAUUUCGACUAUCGAAACACUAACGCCAAAGUAAAAUGGACCUUACUGCUUUGUAUUUACGAACAAAUGCGAACAACGUAAAAUAAUGUUAGGCGCGUGUAGUGGUACGUACAUUACGGAUACGAUAUGCCACCGAGCGGUAACUAAGGUGCCUUCAGAUUAGCUAGAUUUAGACGAUUGUUAAUGUCGCUCGAUACGCUGUAUUUAGACGAUCAAUAAGAUCAGUUAGCUUCUUCCAGAUUUGCUCAAUUUUUCCAUCGUUACUGUCGCAUGUUUAAAAUUCGCUGAAUAUCAAAGGUUAAAAUCGAGCUUUGGUAGACAUCACUUGCUGAUUUAUCGAUAAAACUGAUCUACAGUAGCGAUCGGCAAAAAAUACGAGGAAGAUUGACUGUUGCUUGAUCGAUUGUUUGAUCACAUUUGUACAUCAUCAAGAAUCGAGCAAAUCUAUAGGCAUCUUAACGUCGAGUUUCAAUAUUCAAUCCAUCUGUACUCUAUUGAUACUCUUACAAUUUUUGAUAAAUAACAACGUUGCUAAGUAACUUAUCGAUAGAUUACAGAUAUUAUAUUGAAUAAGUUUCCUACGUUCUAGUCUUUUUAGAAGGUCAACAUUGGAUUCCCAACGCUGAAUCACGUCGUUAGCGCUCGUUGAACUUGAGUGUUUAUUGUGUGCGCCAGGACAAAAAUAAUAUUUGUAUGCCGUAAAAUUAGAAAGGGUUGUUAGUAUCAUUUUGAUUUUAUAGUUUUUUUUUUACGCCAGAGGAAGGGGUAUAAAGAUAUUUUUACGUAAUCAAUGAAAGGUUCUAUAGACAUCGCGUAAACACAAUGUAGAAACUGCGUAGGCCCUCAACAUGGUGCAUUGCGGGCUCCGUUUUGGGCUUUAGUUAGUUUUGUACUAAGUGACCAUUUUGUGACAAAAAUCACGUACUCGGAGUCUGUAAGGCCCGGUAUCCAUGAAAGCGGAGAUGUGUUCAAUCAGAUUAUAAUUAUUGAUUGUCUUAUAGAUGACGUGAAAAAAUGAUAACAUAUUCUAUCAAUAAUUUGUUUGGUUACACAUACAGAUUGUUCACUAUAUUAUAAUGAAUAGCCUGUAGGUGGAUAUUGGGCCUGGUUGCUAAUAUAUCGAUGGUCCUAUUGGCAGUCAAAAAUUAUAAUUUGUUACCACCCUAAGAUUGAAAUCUAUAGAUCCAACUUUGACUUUGCUUAGACUUAAGACACUGUUAAAACAAGACAGUUCUGUCGCUAGCAUGUCAUUCAUCAGACAUCAUUUGCUCAGACUUAAGUUUCAGUCUCGUUUUUGACUGAAACUUAAGUCUGAGCAAACUCAAAGUAUGCUCUACAGAUUUCAGCCAUUGAGGCCAAACCACUGGUCACCUUAUUUCAACAGCUCAAUUCAUAGUCUUUGCACCGUCAAUCACCAUAUUGGGCCUAAAGCAAUUGACACUCCUUAGGUAGUUAGUGAAGAAUUGUUAAAAUUAAUACUUAAAGGUUUUUUCAACUACAGAAAUAGACGAAUAGUUUUUGCAUUCCCUGUUUAAUUCCUUUUAAGACCACGGAUAAAGCCUGGUUUCCACCCAAGCGGAGUGGAGAGAUGUGUUCAUUCGAACAAUUAGCUCUUAAUAGAUGACGUGAAACAAUUAUCACAUCAUU